CAUACAAGUUACUCAUUAACUGAUUAAGAUAAAUUGAGUUUUCAUUUGAAAAUCUGGUCUUUCCAAAAUGGGAGAGAGAAUGUUGCUCACAUUGAUGGUCUUUUCCUCACUUGCAGUAUUAGCAGAAACUAUUGCUCAAAAGCAUGCUAUUGAAAUCUACAGCCUCCAUGUGAACUGCAGAGUCACAUCACGAUUUGCUCACACCGUCAUCACCAGCAAAAUCAUCAACCGAGCUAAUGAGUCUCAUGAGGCGACCUUUGAAGUGGAGCUACCCAAGACAGCCUUUAUUACCAACUUCUCCAUGUCCAUCGAUGGCAAAGUAUACCCAGGAAUAAUAAAGGAGAAAGCAUCUGCGCAAAAGGAAUACGAUGCAGCAGUCUCACAGGGGCAGAGCGCUGGCCUCGUGAGAAUCACAGGCAGGAAACUGGAGCAGUUCCACGUUUCCGUCAGCAUUGCGGCUGCCAGCAAAGUCACUUUUGAGCUGGCGUACGAGGAGCUGCUGAAGCGGCAGCUGGGGCUGUUCGAGCUGCUGAUCAAGGUCAGACCCCAGCAGCUGGUUAAGCACUUCCAGAUUGAUGUGCACAUCUUUGAGCCCCAGGGCAUACGUUUCUUGGAGACGGACAGCACCUUCAUGACAAACGAGUUAUCUGAGGCACUCACAAAAGUGCAGAAUGAAACCAAGGCUCAUAUUUUAUUUAAGCCAACUGUGGAUCAACAGAAGGUAAAUCCUGAACUUGAUGAAACCCGCCUCAAUGGUGAUUUCCUUGUGCGUUACGAUGUUAAGCGGGUUGCUACUGCAGGUGAAAUACAGAUUGUCAAUGGGUAUUUUGUGCAUUACUUUGCACCCCAGGAAAUGCCGGUGUUUCCCAAAAACGUCAUCUUUGUUAUAGACCGAAGUGGCUCUAUGGCAGGCAGAAAAAUUGAGCAGACGAGGGAAGCUCUCUUGAAGAUUUUGCAAGACCUCCGCCCUGAAGAUCAUUUCAGUUGCAUCACAUUUAACAACAAAGUGUCAGAGUGGAAGAGGGCUUUGCUGCAAGCCACUGCGGAGAACGUGGCAAGCGCCGCAGGAUUUGUGCAAACUAUUACUGCCAGAGGAGGCACAGAUAUCAAUCACGCCCUGCUGACUGCUGUGAGUGUGCUGGAUAAAGCUGAGAGGCUGCCGGAGCGGAGUGUCUCCAUGAUUAUUUUGCUGACUGAUGGUCAGCCCACAUCCGGUGAGACUAAAGUGGAAGUCAUUCAAGAAAACAUACAGAAAGCUCUCAAUGGGAAAUAUGCCCUCUUCUGCCUCGGUUUUGGGUUUGAUGUCAGCUAUAAUUUCCUGGAGAAAAUGGCCCUAAGCAAUGGGGGAAUUGCACGUCGAAUAUAUGAAAAUGCUGAUGCAGCCUUGCAGCUCCAGGGCUUUUACCAAGAGGUGGCUACUCCAAUACUAAUGAAAAUUGAAAUGCAGUAUCCAGAAAAUGCUGUUGAGGGGUUAACCAAGAACAAUUUCAAGCUGUUUUUUGAAGGAUCUGAAAUCAUAGUGUCUGGAAAAAUUAGCAAUGAGCUUGAUCUUUUGCCAGUGGAAAUUAAAGCUCAGUCACAUACUAGUGACUUGACUCUUAGAGAAGAAGCAAAUGUCAAAGAGAAGGAGCAAGUAUUUCAAAAUCAAAGUUACAUCUUUGGAAAUUUCAUCGAGAGACUGUGGGCUUACUUAACCAUUCAACAACUUCUAGAAAAAUCUAUUUCAGCCCAAGAAGAGCAGCAGAAAGCCUUGGAGGCGCGAGCCUUGGAGCUGUCCCUGCAGUAUGGAUUUGUUACACCCCUCACUUCCAUGGUGGUCACCAAACCCACUGACCAGCAGCAAACCGAGCUAGUGAACAAACCCACUGAAGCUGACAAUGAGAAGCCCAGCAGCUUUCCAGUAGGAGAUGCUUAUAGAAUGAGUGUAUCACUUCCUAGUCGACGGCGCUCUGAGCCCCAGUCUGGCAGUAAUAGGAAGAUGUUUCCAUCAGUUGGCAGGCUAAGCAAACUCGUGAGACUGGAAACUCAUACCAAAGAACAUCCACUGCUUCUCUCACAAUUACCCAAAGAAAAUACUGAUGGGCAAGCACAGCCUUCUGUCCUCCUGCUCUCAGAUCCAGUACAAGGACUUUCUGUGACUGGGAAACAUGGGGACAAAAUAAAUCAGUUUGUACAGUUUGAAAUUAUUUAUGUGAAUCCUGCCGUGCAAAUCAAUGUUUCUGUGGAUGAGAUCGUCUUAAGCCAUGACAACAAGAACAUUCGGCUGCUGUGGACAGAGUCAGCAAGCUCUGCUGUCCAGGGGCUGAGAGUCUCAGCUGAAAAUGAAAGUAGUGUAACAGUAUCACUGUCCGAUACAGUCACAGUCAAAAUAUACCUUGUAAAGGUUCCAAGUGAUUUCCUUCAGCUGUGUUUCUUGAAUAUCGACCGUUUUUCUGACAAAGUCACUGGAAUUCUGGGUCAAUUUUAUUUAAAAGCACAGCUUGAGAACAAUGCCAAAGUAAAUCAGAGAGCUGACGAAAGACUUCUAAAUGUUCCAGGAUCUGAGCACAGACUUACCAGGCUAUACAAGAAAGAUUACAGGCUUGAGUCAACUAGUGAUCCUGUUUCCUGCUGGUCAAUAGUUGGAACUUCCUAGAGAAGACUAUAUUGGGAAAGAAAGCAAUACAAACGAUGCUCUUUCACAUAUUUUUAAUACUUUAUCUCCCCAAGAAAACAAUACAGUUAAAGCAUUACCUGUUCAUAUAAAUAACUGUCAUAUAUAUCUUACCUCAAAAUAAUUACACUUUCAAGAUGAGAAUAUGCUUGCUGGUUGUCUGUAAUUGUAAGAUGCUCUAUAAUAAUGUAAGAGACUUGUGUGAAUGAGCUAAAUAAAAGUGGCGCUAUCAGCUCACAUUUUGAUAUGGACAGACAGACUUAAGUUUCUGAAUAAAAUUAAGCAGUGGCACCACCCAGUCCAACAUACUUGUCAUGCAGACAGUAAUAAAUUUCUAAAAUUUGCAGUUGGUA